CAGUACUUCAAGGGUCCGUGGUUUCAGACAAAUAGAAAAGAAAAUGCCUGCAUAACCAACUAACUAACCGAUAAGAGUAUUGCAAAGUCAAAUUUCCUCCUCAUUCAUUCUCUAUUCUCCACACUAAGCUGGAUUCCAGCAUGGACGCCAACGAUGACAUUCCCUCUCCCAGUCCCAGAAUCUUCGACCGUUACGCCUCUUCGUCGGACGAUGAUUCGCAGCCUUCCUACCCUUCCCUCCACUCCACCAACCGACGCCUCGACUACAUGAUUCAAUUCCUUGACCGCAACCUUCUACCGCAACACUCCUCUAGUCCCAACGCCUUCCUUCCCGAGUUUGUCGCCAAAGGCGGUGGCCAGGGCAUUUUCACGCUGCCCGAUCGCAGAGCCCUCCACCCUAAUCGCCCUCCCCACCUCGAGCUUCGACCACACCCGCUCAGGGAGACCCAGUUCGGCCGCUUUUUGAAAACGAUCGCCACUACCGACCGGCAGCUCUGGGCGGGCAGCGAGAGCGGGGCGGUUAGGGUUUGGGAAUUUAAAGAUUUGUACGAGGAAGGGGAGGAGGAGGAUGCGGCGCCGUUUAGGGAGUCACCGGCGUUAUCAUCGAAUGGGAAUGCGGCUGUGACGUGUAUGGUGGGGGAUGAGGGAAAUGGAUUGGUUUGGAGUGGGCAUAGGGAUGGAAGGAUCAGAGGCUGGAAGAUGGAUUGUGAGAGUGGUGGGUUUAAGGAAUGGUUGUCUGGGCAGGCUCAUCGUGGGCCUGUGCUUUCCAUUAUUUUCACUUGUUACGGGGACGUGUGGUCUGGUUCAGAAGGUGGUAAUAUCAGGAUUUGGCCAUGGGAAGCUAUAGACAAUGCUCUCUCUCUAACAAUGGAGGAAAGGCACAUGGCUUCUUUGUUAAUGGAGAGAUCAUUUGUUGACCUUAGGAGCCAAGUUGCUGUAAAUGGCUUCAGUUCUAUAUUAAAUUCAGAUAUUAAGUGCCUUCUUUCUGAUAAUAUUAGAGCUAAAGUAUGGAGUGCUGGUUAUCUAUCAUUUGCGUUGUGGGAUGCUCGUACAAGGGAAUUACUCAAAGUUGUCAACAUUGAUGGUCAAAUUGAAAAUAGAGUGGAGUUGUCCUUAGUUCCAGAUUUUGCUAUGGAAGAUGAAAUUAAGAUGAAGAUUGUUACCAGUUCAAAGAAGGAGAAAACCCAGAGUUCCUUUGGUUUCUUUCAGCAGUCACGUAAUGCCAUCAUGGGAGCAGCUGAUGCUGUUCGUCGUGUUGCAGCAAAGGGGGGCUUUGUUGAUGAUAGUCGGAGAAUUGAGGCACUCACUAUUGCUAUUGAUGGAAUGAUCUGGGUUGGGUGUGCAAAUGGCUUACUUAUCCAGUGGGAUGGAAAUGGAAAUCGUAUACAAGAUUUUCAGCAUCAUCCUUCUGCUGUUCUAUGCUUAUGUAGCUUUGGAUCACAGUUAUGGGCAGGUUAUGCAAGUGGUACUGUCCAGGUUCUAGACCUUGAGGGUAAUAGGCUUGGACGAUGGGUUGCUCAUAGUAAUUCUGUACUGCAAAUGGCCAUUGGAGCUGGUUAUAUUUAUACCCUGGCUAAGCAUGGUGGUAUACGUGGAUGGAAUAUCACAUCUCCUGGACCUCUUGACAGCAUAUUGCGUUCAGAAUUGACUGCAAAAGGGUUUCUAUAUACAAGGAUUGAAAAUUUAACAAUAUUAACUGGUACCUGGAAUGUCGGGCAAGGGCGAGCAUCUAUGGGCUCACUUGAAACUUGGCUACAUUCUGCUGUUUCAGAUGUGGGAAUUAUUGUUAUUGGGUUGCAGGAAGUUGAAAUGGGUGCAGGUUUUCUCGCAAUGUCUGCAGUGAGAGAAACUGUAGGGCGUGACGGGAGUGCUGUUGGACAGUGGUGGUUGGAUUUGAUAGAUGAAACAUUGCGUGAUAUGAUGGAAAGAAAAUCACAGGAUAUGAUGGGAAAGAAGUUGCAUGAAAGGAAAAUGUAUGAACGUGUUGGAUCUAGACAGUUGGCAAGCAUGCUUAUUGCUGUUUGGGUUGAGGGUAAUCUUAAACCGCAUGUUGGGGAUAUUGAUGCAGCUGCAGUGCCAUGUGGCUUUGGGCGUGCGAUUGGUAACAAGGGAGCUGUUGGUUUAAGACUAAGAGUGUAUGAUAGGAUAUUUUGCUUUGUUAAUUGUCACUUUGCUGCACAUUUGGAAGCUGUUGGUCGUCGCAAUGCUGAUUUUGACCAUGUCUAUCGUACAAUGACGUUUAGUCGACCAUCUAAUGUCUUCAAUACUGCUGCUGGUAUGGCGCUGUACCUGUUCUUGCCUUGCUUCCUUGCCUGCUCAAUGUAUUUAUUUUGGCUUGUUUAUAGAUCUAGCUUGCCAUUGGUCCUUUCUAUUGCAGCUGGUGCUUCUUCCGCUGUUCAAAUGCUUCGUGGAGCUAAUGCUAUGGGUGCCCACUCUGUUGAAGCGAUGCCUGAAUUGUCUGAGGCAGACAUGGUUGUAUUUCUUGGUGAUUUUAAUUAUAGGCUUGAUGGUGUAUCAUAUGAUGAAGCAAGGGAUUUUAUUUCUCAAAGAAGCUUUGAUUGGCUUAGAGAAAGGGAUCAACUUCGAGCAGAGAUGGAAGCUGGAAAUGUUUUCCAGGGAAUGCGGGAAGCAGUUAUUACUUUUGCUCCCACGUACAAAUUUGAUAAGCACAUAGCUGGUUUAUCAGGUUAUGAUUCUGGUGAAAAGAAGCGCAUUCCUGCCUGGUGUGACAGAAUUUUAUAUCGUGAUAGCCGACGAACUUUGGGAUCUGAAUGCAGUUUAGAUAGUCCUGUUGUCUCUUCUGUAUCACAGUAUGAGUCUUGCAUGGAUGUGACAGACAGUGAUCACAAGCCUGUGAUUUGCAUAUUUUCUGUUGAAAUUGCUCGUAUUGAUGAGUCAGUAAGGAGACAAGAAUUUGGAGAUGUAAUGAGAUCAAAUGAAGAAAUUAGGUGCAAGAUCGAAGAAUUAUACAAGAUUCCAGAAACUAUUGUGAGCACUAACAAUAUAAUCCUCCAAAACCAGGACACAUCAAUUUUGCGCAUCACAAAUAAAUGCGUGGAAAGCAAUGCAUUGUUUGAAAUAGUUUGUCAAGGUGAAUCUACAAUCAAGGAUGAUGGACAAGCAUCAGAUCAUCAUCCAAGAGGUUCCUUUGGCUUUCCACUGUGGCUUCAGGUUACUCCAGCCGCUGGUAUAAUCAAACCAGAUCAUGUAGCAGAGGUAUCUGUCCAUAUUGAGGCUUUCCACACCCAAGAAGAGUUUGUUGAUGGUUUUCCGCAAAACUGGUGGUGUGAAGACAACAGAGAUAAGGAAGCUAUAUUGGUUGUUAAAGUUCAUGGCAGGUAUGCAACGGAGACGAGGAAUCAUCGUAUCCGUGUUCGCCACUGCUCUUCAGCCAAAAUGAAAAAGAAGGACCCUAAGCCUAAUGAUUCCCCACAAAUUCAAGGAAAUCUUCUUCACCGGGCUGAUUAUCAAAGGCUUAGUGUUUCCUAUGAUGUGGUUGAUCAUCUACGGAAUUUGCAUAGUCCAUAAAGUGCCAUUAUGUAAGAUAUCCGCAAAAUCACAUGCCCUGGCUGCGUGGGUUGACAGAGCAGUAAAUGAAGUGUCCAGUCUACUUUUAUUAGUGUUCAUAGAAUGCUUAUUCAGUUUACCUGGUGCCAGUUUUUGCAAUGUCAUCAGUAUUCCUACGUGUUCUUUUUGUACUAAUUUCAUUCUUUUUAAGUGUACAGAAUGAUCGAGCGUGAGAGUAGCGUGAAUCAUGUCGGAUUGUUUUUAUCCUUUUACUCCUUUUCUUUCAGUUUCAAGGAAAAUCACUAUCGUAUGAUGAAUUGUUGCUAAAGUUGGUGGCCAUUAAAAUU